AUGUCAAAAAUUAUCUCUGAAGUUGUCAAUUUAGAUUCCAAAGUGGCACUAUUGUUGAUAGUUACAGCAAUUCCGUAUAAUUUUUUAGUUGUAAUUAUUGUCAUUUUCACAGCCAAAAAUGUUGAUUUCAGUUGGAUCUUAGUUGGAACAUAUAUUGCUGUCGCUUUUAUCCAAGCUGUGGUAUUGUUUUACUUUUGCCAAGUAACGGUUUACUGGUUGUCGUGGUGUCGAAUGGAUCCAGAUAAUAACUUGAUACCUCUAUUGACCUCUGUUAGUGACCUUCUUGGCAUUGGUUUACUUUACUCUUUGUUCAUUUUGCUGAAUAACUUUGCCCCAUCAACUAUUCGCUAUGAACGCUUUAAAACAAUGAACCAAACACAUCAUCAAUUGUAA